AUGGAGCCCUUUCGCGUGCGCCUCAACUGCAUCGACCAUUAUCAGGCGAUCGCGUCGGAACUUGAUCCUCAACUGCCUAUUCGAGAUGGCGUCUUUGAAAAAGAUUAUAGGCCUAGGGUGCCUGUUAUCAGAGUCUUUGGAGCUACUGAAACAGGUCAACGGGUCUGUGUACAUGUUCAUGGCGCAUUCCCAUAUCUCUACAUCGAAUACAAUGGGUCUUUGGCGCCCGAUGCGGUAAGCUCCGCUAUUCAAACACUGCAUCUCUCCAUAGAUCAUGCCUUAGCCGUCAGUUUUCGCCGAAACGCCUACGACAGGAAGACUGCUUUCGUGGCGCACAUCACCUUGGUCAAGGGAACUCCCUUCUAUGGCUACCAUGUCGGAUACCGAUUCUUUCUUAAAAUCUAUCUCCUCAACCCAACUUACAAGGGUCGACUUGCCGAUCUUCUGCACCAAGGGGCUGUCAUGAAGCGGCCCCUACAGCCCUACGAAAGUCACCUGGGGUACGUUCCUCAAUGGAUGUGCGAUUACAAUUUGUCCGGCUGCAACUAUAUGGACUGCAGUAUAGUCAGGUUUCGCUCACCAGUGCCAGAGUAUCUGGAAAUGAAUAACUUGAACCACCGGUGGCAUGAUCGAACGAUCGACCCAGAAAGUAUACUUGACGGGCCAGCCCUUCAGAAACAAAGCCACUGCGCGCUGGAAGUGGAUGUUUGUGUCCAAGAUAUUUUGAAUCGAUCUCAUGUCAAGGAGCGCCCUCUUCACCAUGAUUUUACGGAAAUGCUCCGACCGGCCGUCAUCGAUGAGCGACUAGUCCCGAGUGUGGCCGGGUUAUGGGAAGAUGAGACGCGGCGACGCAAGAAAAGAAUGGGAAUCGUUAACCCCGGAAAUACGCCGUUUGCUCCAGAUGAGCUCAUCUCGAUGUCUGCUAAUUCAAGGGACCAGUCCAGAGCUGGCUGGGUUCACGAAGAUGAAUUUCAUGAGAUGGCUCGACAAAUCGCCCUGGCCGAGAAGGAGGACGCUGAGGAGAAGAAUACAUCGUUUGAGGAGUUUUUGGACACAAACCAAUAUGAAAAGAAUGUCAAGACCUCAUUGAGCAGCGUUGAAGACUUUUAUCCGGACAAAAUUGUCAGCUUUACAAUGUAUAACCACCCGCAGGUACCCGACGAGUCAGUCACGGUUUCUGUUGAUGAAAGCCUUGCAUUAUCCUCUCAAGUUGAUGACAGCUUUCUUUUUGAUCUCGACCACUCAGAUGGAGCACUAGAGGAUAUUCACGGCCAAGAAAAUAAUGCUGUUGCAAACCACCCGGCGGAUGAAAGUUUCUAUGACGGUGUUUUUGAUGAACUCUCAACCAAUCUGCCCUUCCGUUCGUCUGGUGAAAUAGAUCCUCUGAAUGUGGCAUUGGAAGACAAACAGCACGGCGAAUUACCCAGGCCAGAUGUUGAAUUUGAAGGAGAGCCCAGCGAAGAUCGCCCAGGAGGCUUAUCCCUCAAGCACUCUAUCGAUGGCGCCUUUGGCUCUUAUAAACCACCCCUCAAAAAGCCGAGGUUCUUUGUGGAGGAUGACUCUGGCCCACAUCAGUCAGAAAUCACCAGAGAAACUGGGGAGGUAGGGGAUAGAGAAACCGUGAGCAAAAGCUCAUGUCUACAAUUCGAGCCACCAGCGUCAGACCCCAAGUCGUCCUCGUCACAGAAGACCAUCCGGGUGAAGCAACACAUGUCAGACAGCAGGUUGAAGUUUCCAGUGGUCAAGGAUCCCAAUGAUCCCUUGACCAUCUUACGUUUUAGUCAAGACGACUCACAGCAUUCAAAGGAGAAUAGACUAUCUCAGCAAAUGCCAAGUUCUUUUCCCUCGGGAUCAACUACGAGUACAUCAGGACAGAUUAAUGCGCUUGGUGGCUCUUCAGUUCUUCCAUCCUCUUCGACAAUUGUGGAACCAACCGCACUCGAUCCGCAUAUCGCAGCACUCAAAGAAAAUAUCCAUCAUUCAUUUGCAUUUUCGCCCGAUAGUGCGUUGGCGAUUUUCAAGUUUGCAGGCCCAAGCUCGACUGAGGUCUCCAAAACUCUGAAUGACUAUGGCAGGCCAUCUGUUGUCUAUCAGAAAGCAUACUAUUCUGAAGAAUCAGAUGUGCCUGAAAGACCCCGGGAAUGUGCUGGCCGGGAAUUUCGACUCGAAAGCGACACAAUACCUUUCCUCCCUGAGUUUGAUCCGACAGGAAACUCACCUGCGAUGUUUGGUGAGCAAUGCACCGGUUCCUUCGAUCGCGAGCGCCAAGAAAGAGCCGACCAGCAGAUGCGAGAGUCUUGCACUGCUAGAGUUUGGGAGUUUGCAGCAGUGCCUCCUAGUCGUUCUGAAGUGAUCGAAUGGUUUGAAAGUACCCAAGCGAAUACCGUGACAAACUCCGCACCUGAAAAGCCAAUUCCAUCGAGAAUUGAGACAAAGGUGGAUGCCUUGUCGCAGAUCGAAGGGCCGACCCAAAAACCACUGGAAUUCAAAAAUUCACAGAAAGCAAAGACAAGCGUGGAGCACCAGGCGCAGUAUAUGAGCACUAUGAGUUUGGAAGUUCAUGUCAACACCCGUGGAGCUCUCUCGGCUAACCCCGAGGAGGAUGAAAUCUCCUGCAUAUUUUGGUGCAUACAGUCUGAAGAUGAUGACAUCGAGGUUAACAGUCACAUUCCUGGCGUCCAUGUUGGCAUGAUAUACCAAGGCGAAGGGGAACCCCCCGUAGCUAAGAUCUCCAAAGCGUUACGAGUCGAACUAGAGCAUGAGUCAACAGAACUGGAUAUGAUUAACAGAUUGGUUGAUAUUGUUCGUGAUCUUGAUCCUGAUAUCAUCACGGGAUAUGAAGUACACAACGGUUCUUGGGGCUAUGUGAUCGAACGCGCGCGAAAAAAGUACGAUUUCGAUCUCUGCGAGGAGUUGUCUAGGGUCAAAUCGCAAGCCAACGGAAAAUUCGGGAAAGAGGAUGACCGCUGGGGCUUCGAACAUGCUUCUUCUAUCCGAAUGACCGGCCGACACAUGAUAAAUAUAUGGCGUGCCAUGAAAGGCGAGAUGAACCUGUUGCAGUAUACCAUGGAGAACGUUGUUUUUCACUUACUGCACCGCCGGAUACCGCACUACUCCCACCGGGAUCUCACCCAAUGGUACCAGAGCGGACAGCCUCGUCAGGUUUACAAACUCGUAGACUAUUUCACUUCUCGGGUGCAGAUGAACCUAGAAAUUCUCGAGGCCAAUGAGCUUAUUCCUCGACUCAGUGAACAAGCUAGGCUCAUCGGCAUUGACUUUUACUCGGUCUUCUCUCGCGGCUCUCAGUUCAAAGUUGAGUCCUUGAUGUUUCGAAUUGCCAAGCCGGAGAAUUUUCUGCUUGUGUCCCCGAGCAAACAGCAGGUUGGACAACAGAAUGCGCUUGAAUGCCUACCACUGGUUAUGGAGCCACAAAGUGACUUCUACACUAGCCCCCUUCUGGUUCUCGAUUUCCAGUCUCUCUACCCUAGCAUAAUGAUUGCCUAUAACUACUGUUACUCGACAUUCCUGGGGAGAGCAGCAUCCUGGCGUGGUCGGGACAAGAUGGGAUUUCUAGAUUACAAGCGACAACCCCGUCUCCUCGAGCUUUUGAAAGACAAGAUUAACAUUGCCCCAAACGGUAUGAUGUACGCAAAGCAAGAAGUGCGCAAGUCACUCUUAGCUAAAAUGCUUACGGAGAUCCUCGAAACCCGCGUGAUGGUGAAGACUGGUAUGAAGGCUGACAAACACGACAAAAUCCUGCAACGUCUUCUCAACAAUCGGCAACUGGCUCUCAAGUUGAUUGCGAAUGUCACAUACGGAUACACCUCCGCCUCGUACUCUGGCCGAAUGCCCUGCUCUGAGAUAGCAGACAGCAUCGUGCAGUCAGGGCGGGAAACACUUGAGAAAGCCAUCGCUUUCAUUCACUCAAUCGAACGAUGGGGCGCCGAGGUUGUCUACGGCGACACAGACAGUCUGUUCGUCUACCUCAAAGGUCGAACCCGCGACCAAGCCUUCGAUAUCGGCGAGGAAAUUGCACAAGCAGUAACCGAAAUGAACCCUCGACCCGUGAAGCUCAAAUUCGAAAAGGUCUACCACCCGUGUGUACUGCUAGCGAAGAAACGCUACGUCGGGUUCAAAUAUGAGCAUCGCGCCCAAACCGAGCCAGAAUUCGACGCCAAGGGCAUCGAAACUGUUCGUCGAGACGGCACUCCCGCCGAACAAAAGAUAGAAGAGAAAGCCUUGAAACUUCUCUUCCGAACCGCAGACCUCAGCCAAGUGAAGUCCUACUUCCAGCGCCAGUGCAGUAAAAUCAUGCAGGGCCGUGUUUCGAUACAGGAUUUCUGUUUCGCCCGCGAAGUGAAAUUGGGCACAUAUAGUGAACGUGGAACAAUGCCCGCCGGCGCAAUGAUUAGCACGAAACGCAUGCUCGAGGAUCCCCGUUUAGAACCGCAGUAUGGCGAGCGUGUGCCAUAUGUCGUCGUUACCGGCGCACCUGGGUCUAGGCUCAUUGACCGCUGCGUUGCGCCCGAAACGCUGCUACACGAUGCGCAGCUUGAACUUGAUACAGAUUACUACAUUACCAAAAACCUCAUCCCGCCCCUGGAGCGAAUCUUCAACCUUGUCGGCGCGAAUGUCCGGCAAUGGUACGACGAAAUGCCCAAAGUCCGGCGUAUUCGGCGCGUGGAUAAUACAGCCUCGACUGUGCCACGGCCGGGUAUGCAAUCCGGUGCCAUGAAAAAGACCCUUGAAUCAUACAUGCGCUCUUCCUCGUGUAUUAUUUGCCGAGAGAAGUUGCUAGAUGCAGCUGUGCCGCUCUGCGCAGGUUGUCUUUCUCGUCCGCAUAUCUCACUUCUGGAUGUCGUUUCGCGAUUACAGCGUGCUGAGAAACGGGUCGUUGACCUUGAGGCGGUUUGUCGCUCUUGCAUGGGGGUUCCUUGUGGUGACACAAUUGCGUGCAACAGCAUUGACUGCCCGGUUUUUUACUCUCGUACUCGAGAUGUGGCUCGAUUGAGUCACACAAGAGGAGUUUUGGGACCCGUCGCUGAUUUAUUGGAGAAAAAAGGGGAUGAGGGGCUGGAUUGGUGA